AUGCACGACGCAGGAGCAUCUGCUUGUGGCACCAUCAAUCGUCACCGCACCAGUCACUGGAUAUCCGAGAGAUCGGUGAACAUGUUGGAAUCUAGAAGACACCUCCCGGUUGGUUCUGAACACAAUGUAACCAGACGGGCUAUUAGGCGUGGACUAAAGCGGAGCCUGCAUGCUGACAAGGAAACCUGUUGGACCAAUAGGGCUCAAGAAAUCGAGGAGGCAGGAGCAGUAGGCAAUUACCGCAAGCUCUUCCAGCUUAUCCGCACCACUGAUCCCAGGAAACCAGGCGUCAGUGAGACAGUAAGAGACAGCGCGGGUGCGCUGAUUCACAAUAAGGAGCGCCGUAUGGCUCGUUGGGCAGAACACUUUCAAGAUCAGUUCAGCUGGCCCCCUGCUCCCGGACCUCUUCCAUCUCAAGUGAUGCAGGACGAGCCAUGGACGGUUAGUGUAGAGCCUCCGUCGGAGGCUGAGUUCCGAAACGUGAUCACCGCCCUUAAUCGUUUUCGUGCCGCUGGCCCGGAUUCCCUCCCAUCUGCAUUAUUGAAGGAUGGAGGUGAGGUCCUUUGCAAAGCACCUACCUCCUUGUUCGAACGUAUCUGGAAGGAAGAGAGGGUCCCGGCUAAUUGGAGCGAAUCGAUUAUAGUGGCAAUAUACAAGAAGGGCAGUCGCACAGACUGCUCUAACCACAGGGGUAUUAGCCUAACGCCAGUUGUGACAAAAUUACUGGCCUCGAUUCUCGUUCCUCGCCUCACUGCGGAACAGGAAUCUCGGAUUAGGGAAGAGCAGGCCGGUUUCCUCCCAGCGCGUGGCUGUAUAGAUCAUAUAUUCACUUUGCGGCAGGUGCUAGAGCAGCGCCACGCGCACCGCAGACUGACAAUAGCUGUGUUCCUCGAUUUCGAGAGUGCGUUUGAAUCAAUCGAUUGA